UCAAUAAUUAAUACCAUCUCUUCUCAAGAGAAGCACCGAGCGAAGAGGACGAAAUCAAGAAAGAUUCAUGGCGAGGAGACUUCAAGGGAAGGUGGCGAUCGUCACGGCCUCCACUCAAGGCAUCGGCUUCGCCAUCGCCCAGCGCUUCGGCCUUGAAGGAGCCGCUGUUGUCGUCUCUUCUCGGAAGCAGAAAAACGUGGAUGAGGCUGUUGAGAAGCUCAAGAACCAAGGGAUUGAAGUUAUGGGGAUUGUUUGUCAUGUUUCGAAUCCUCAGCAGAGGAAGGAACUCAUUGAUAAGACCGUGAAGAAAUAUGGACACAUAGAUGUUGUUGUGUCCAAUGCAGCUGCUAAUCCAACAGUAGACAACAUUUUGGAUACCAAAGAGGAAACUCUUGAUAAACUCUGGGAGAUAAAUGUGAAAGCAUCGAUCCUGCUUCUGCAGGCUGCUGCACCCUACUUGAGCAAAGGAUCAUCUGUUAUUCUAAUAUCUUCUAUUGGAGGUUAUCAUCCUCGAGCCACAAUGGCCAUGUAUGGUGUCACCAAGACUGCUCUCUUUGGGCUUACAAAGGCCCUUGCCUCUGAAAUGAGCCCGGACACCCGGGUCAACUGCAUAGCUCCUGGAUUUGUACCAACACACUUCGCAGAUUUCCUCGUGAAAAAUGAAACAAUUAGGAAAUUGAUCGAAGAUCAGACUUUACUUAAAAGGCUUGGUACCGCAGGAGACAUGGCCGCUACUGCUGCCUUUCUGGCAUCCGAAGAUGCAUCAUACAUAACUGGAGAGACUAUUGUGGUCGCCGGGGGUAUGCCUUCCAGACUCUAGUUCUCCUGCUCAACCUCUGCUUCGAUCGAUGCUCAUCGUCUUAACUUUUCAUAGUUGAAUGCUUUGUGAAAUUGUUUACUAUCUUAGCAAUGUUACAGAAUAAACAGACCAUUGAAAAAUUUAUAGCUCUUCUUGUAAACCCUAAAUCUAUAUAAGAAUAAGAUUAUUCUUUUUCCUUUCCCUUA